AUGGUCAAGGUUCUUGCAGUUCUCUACGACGGCGGUCAGCACGCCAAAGACAGCUCUUACAGAGCUGUGCCCCGCCGUGAUCUCGAGCAGAUUGUUCCCGGCCUUUUGGGCACCACCGAGAACGAGCUUGGUAUCCGCAAGUGGCUUGAGGACCAGGGCCACACUCUCGUCACCACCUCCGACAAGGAGGGCGAGAACUCUAAGUUCGACCAGGAGCUUGUCGACGCCGAGAUCAUCAUCACCACUCCCUUUCACCCCGGCUACCUUACCGCCGAGCGUCUCGCCAAGGCUAAGAACCUGAAGCUUGCCGUCACUGCUGGUAUCGGCUCUGACCAUGUUGACCUGAACGCCGCCAACAAGACCAACGGUGGUGUCACCGUCGCUGAGGUCACUGGCUCUAACGUCGUCUCCGUUGCUGAGCACGUCGUCAUGACCAUCCUCGUUCUCAUCCGCAACUUCGUUCCUGCCCACGAGCAGAUCGAGCGUGGUGACUGGAACGUCGCCGCUGUCGCCAAGCAGGAGUACGACCUCGAGGGCAAGACCGUCGGUACCGUCGCCAUUGGCCGCAUCGGUGAGCGUGUCCUCCGCCGUCUCAAGGCAUUCGACUGCAAGGAGCUCCUCUACUACGACUACCAGCCCCUGUCUCCCGAGAAGGAGAAGGAGAUUGGCUGCCGCCGCGUUGAGAACCUCGAGGAGAUGCUUGCCCAGUGUGACGUUGUCACCAUCAACGCUCCCCUGCACGAGAAGACCCGCGGUCUGUUCAACAAGGAGCUCAUCUCCAAGAUGAAGAAGGGCAGCUACCUCAUCAACACCGCCCGUGGCGCCAUCGUCGUCAAGGAGGACGUUGCUGAGGCUCUCAAGUCUGGCCACCUUGCCGGCUACGGUGGUGAUGUCUGGUUCCCCCAGCCCGCCCCUGCCGACCACCCUCUACGUACCGCCAAGAACCCCUUCGGCGGCGGCAACGCCAUGGUACCCCACAUGUCCGGUACCUCCCUGGACGCCCAGAAGCGCUACGCCGACGGCACCAAGGCCAUCAUUGAGAGCUACCUGAGCGGCAAGGAGGACUACAAGCCCGAGGACCUCAUCGUCCACAAGGGCGACUACGCCACCAAGGCCUACGGCCAGCGUGAGAAGAAGUAA